AUGAAUGGUGUCCUUUAUUACAUAUUAUUAACUACUUUAAGUUUGGAGUUUCUAAUGGGAAAUUUAGGCAAUGCAUUCACAGUUUUGGUGAACAUUAUGAACUGGUUAAAGUGGAGAAAGAUAUCUUUCAUAGACCAGAUCUUGACUGCUCUGGCAAUUUCCAGAAUUGCUUUGCUCUUUUUACUAACUGCAGGUAUAUUUGUAUCUGAACAAUACCCAGACAUAGUAAUAUCUAGAAGAAUUAUCAGACAAAUUUGUAUUUUCUGGACAGUAACCAAUCAUUUCAGUAUCUGGCUUGCUACAUGUCUCAGCAUCUUCUAUUUUCUCAAGAUAGCUAGUUUUUCAAACUCUAUUUUUCUUCAUCUAAAGUGGAGAGUAAAAAAAAUAGUUUCAGGGACACUGUUGGCAUCUCUGCUCCUCUUGUUUUUAAACAUUUUAGUUGCAAACACACAUGUUGAUCUCUGGAUUGACAGAACUGAAGCCAAUGUAUUCUUCAGAGUUAUAUCAAGUAAUUAUUCUCAAGUUCCAAGGCUCAUUUUACUCACCAACACUGUGUUCACACUCAUCCCCUUCACCGUGACCCUAGCUGUGUUUCUCUUACUCAUCUUCUCCCUGUGGAGACAUCUGAAAAACAUGCAGCACAACGCCAAGGGCUCCAGAGAUGUCAGCACCGCAGCUCACAUAAAGGCUCUGCAAAUGGUGGUAAUCUUCCUGUUACUGUACAGUAUUUAUUUUCUGUCAUUUCUUUUGGAGUUUUGUAGUAUUAAGUAUGAGCUGAAAAAUUCACUUUCUCUGCUUUUCUGUGUUACUGAAGUUGCUUUCCCUUCCUGCCACUCCUGUGUCUUGAUUCUAGAAAACACUAAACUUAGACAGGCAUUUAUUUCUAUGGUGUGGUGGCUGAGGUGCAGGCUUAGUGAUGUGGAACCCUCAUUUUCCUAA